AAAAACGGAGAGAAUUUUUCAAUUGACGCAAUAUAGCGCCACCUAAAAAGUUUUGUUAAAACUGAAAAAACCCCAUAGACAGAAUACAGAUAGAAUUGUGUAGAUUGUGUAUUUUUGUCUUCACAUCUCUAUCUAAUUUGUAAAGUCCUGGUUUGCUUUUUAGUAUAAUUCGUAUAAUUUGUUUUGAAUUGCAAAGUUGUUCUCUAAAAAAAACAGCUGAUAUAACAUUUUUUUGACGUCAUUUUUCUUUAAAGGGUGGAAGCAACUACUAUGAAUAAAAAUGGACCUCCUCCACCUUACGAACCACCACCAUCUGCACCGCCUAGUUAUGCUCAAUCUGUGGGCGUAUCACCAGCCAGUCCAUUUACACCAGCAGAAGCUUAUGCCAAUGGACCCACCAUAGUCACGACUAUCGUUCCUUUAGGCACUGGAGCAACGCACACAAUUUGUCCUCAUUGUCAUGCAGAAAUCGACACCACAACGAGAACGGAACCAGGAAUGAUUGCCUAUAUUUCCAGUGUUGUGAUUGCAUUACUUGGUUGUUGGUUCGGAUGCUGCUUGAUACCGUGUUGUAUUGACGAGUGCAUGGACGUACACCACACAUGUCCAAAUUGCAAAGCAUACCUUGGACGCUAUCGGAGAUAAUUUAAAACAACAAAGGCCACCAAUAACUUUGCAUUUUAACGCGAAGCAUCGAGAAGUUAGGAAAAAUAUUCUUAAUUCUAUUUCAAUAACAAUUCCAAACGAAAAUGACCAAAUUCACAAACUAAAAAUUUCUUUUUAAUUCAUGAAAUCUUUCAAAUAUCAUCAUCAUAAUUUUUCAAUUUUCUCUUUAUUCUCUCAAGAGAUAUUUCUCAAUAUUCUCGAGUCAAUUGACUAUGAAUUUUUAAUUCCUUGCUUCUUUUUUUUAUUAUUUUAUUUACAAGUAUUAUUUAGUAGAAGUAAAUUAAAUAAAUAGUAAAGUACCUGGAAUUUUUAGCGAGGAAAAGGGAACUAAAAAUGUGUCACUUUGAACUUGGUGUAGAUGAGGUGAAGGUAAUUUAGAUUCUUGAGAAUUAAUUUACAAUCUCAUCAAAACUUGCCUAUUGAAAAAUAAUCGUUUAGAAAAUUGUUAAAAAUUGUCUACAUAAAUACCUUUAGGAUGAACGAAAAAAUUAAGUAGGAAAGAAAAAAUUUACAAUUGUUGACGAAAGUGUUUUUUGUUAAAAAAAUACUUAUAUUCACAAAAGCGCCUUUUACACGUUUAAUAUCAACGCAAUUAUAAUUUUAAGAAUUCGCAGCUAUUGUGAAAGAUGAAGGACUGUUUUUAACGCAGCUAUUAUUUUUUAACAAAAAUUCUAACGGACUUUUAAAUAAUAUUGAGAAUUGAAUAAAUCAAUUUUUUGAUUUAUUUUAACUAAAAGGAACUAAGACACAUGGCAAAAAAAGAUCUUGUAUUUAUCUGCUAUUUUUUACAUUGUAAAAUUUAUACAAGUACACAAAUUCACUAGAGAACACAAAUUAAUGCGUCUUUGCACAUUUUAUUUUUUAUUACUGUUAAAAUCAUGUGCCUUUUACAUUUAAGUAUAUGAAAUAGUUAAUUACAAAGAGUACAAUGAAAAUGGUAAACAACUAAUUAUUUGACAAAUCCAAUUUUUGAAUUCGUUUCUUUUUUCACAGCUGGAAAAAUAAUAAAUUAAAAAUGAUCUGAUCUAAUAUUAUUUAACUAUUUUUUAACGCAUAUAUAAUGUAUUAGAAUGUGUGAAUUAGAAUUUUAAUACGUUAUUUACAAUUGUAAACUAAUCAUAUAUUUAAAUAAAAAAAAUUUUUCUUGACAAUUUAAA